GAUCAUAAACUUCCGGUUCCAGUUGUGCAUGUGUUUGAACACUGACUUAUAUAUCGUUUUGUAGUUUCUGAAAGAUAUAUAACUGUACAAAAUGCAGGAAGUUGUGGCUCCCGUGUAUAACAUAACUUUCGACAUAGAGGUUGCUUUAGAUCAGCAACUAGGGGCUCUACCGUUGCCUUUCCCUGGCAUGGACAAAUCUGGGUCAGCAACAUGUAUAUUUCAUCUCCGACAUCAGUGCAACAAGGGCACAGCAUGUCCAUUCCGUCAUGUUCGAGGCGACAGAACAGUUGUGUGUAAACAUUGGCUGCGUGGACUCUGCAAGAAGGGAGAUGACUGUGAAUUCUUACAUGAAUAUGACAUGUCGAAGAUGCCAGAGUGUUAUUUCUACUCCAAAUUUGGACAGUGUAGUAAUAAAGAAUGUCCCUUUCUUCACAUUGAUCCUGAAAAGAAAAUGAAAGAUUGUCCAUGGUAUGACAGAGGUUUUUGUCGUCAUGGUCCUAAUUGCAAGAACAGACAUGUGAGGAGACUUAUCUGUCAAAGCUACGUCAAUGGCUUCUGUAUUGAGGGACCCAACUGUAAAUACCAGCAUCCCAAGUUUGACCUGCCAGUGAGUGACCCAGUCCAGCUGGCCAAGAAGGCCUCUAUUGUCUGUCACUUCUGUGGGGAGACAGGCCACAAAGUGCUCAACUGUACCAAGAUGCCCAACAAUGUCAAGAUGGAACAGAUGAUGAUGAAUCAACAGAUGAAUGAUGCUUCCAUUGGUGAUCAACGUCGACCUCUCGAUCAAGUCACGUGUUACAAGUGUGGCGAGAAAGGUCACUAUGCCAACAAGUGCACCAAGGGUCAUCUGGCUUUCCUCAGCUCCAGUGCUACAUGAUGUGUGUGUGUGUGUGUGUGUUUAAUGUCGUUGGGCACUGUGUGGUGUACAUGCUGUAACGGAACUGCUAAGAGUGAGUGAGUGAGCUGUGUUCUAUGCUGCUUUGAACUGUUUGACAGUUAUAUCACAGCAUGCCCACUGUGGAAGGAAAACCAAUCUGAUGCAGAUCUCAGACAUGUACCACUCUGGCGAAACCUGCAAGGACAGAUCGAGCUGAGAAAAUUAUAAAUAUUAUCAGCGGAAAUCUUUUGCACUUAAUGGUUGCAAAUCUACACAGCUAAGUGUAGUCUGAAUUGUUAAGAGCAACCAUCUGUUGAGAUGAUCCUCAUAAUUUCAACCAGGUGGAAUAGAUUGUUUAUGCAAAAAUGUUGCAGUACAUGUUUUUCUCAGUGAUCUGAGUGGAACUUGGGACGCUAUCCCUCAUACAAGUGCUGCAACUAACAGAUUGUUUCAAGUGUUGAUGAACACAGUGAACCCAAUGAAGUACUUGAUAUGAAAUGAUGUGACUUUUUGUUCAUAAGUCUUUAAUACAACAAAAAAACUCCUCCCUCUCUGAUGUAAUUUUGAUUUCCUGAUUUAAAAAGCCAUUGACAGUCUCAAAUGGCACAGCGAAUGAAUAUGUUUAGUUUCCAAGGAACGUGUCAUGAUUUCAGUUGUAUAAAUCAGGGUACGUAGGUUGUGAAAAGCAUUGUACUUUUUGGUGUAGAGUUAUACUGAAUAUAUAUAUUAUUAUUAUUAUUAUUAUUUUCAGCAUGAACUACUUUAUUGAAUAGGUUUCCAUACAAAUAGCUGUUACAGUCUGUUUGUGACAAAAUGAUACCGAUGAAUUGCAAUCUAACACAAAAACAAAUAGACAUGUCUCUGACGUCACUAAUGCACAUGCAUCUCGCUUUUCGCGCUGUUCCAUUAGUUGCCAAUGCGCCCUUGUCACAAACUGGGAA